GGAUGCUGACCAGAGCCGACGCUUCGCCGCUCCGUUCAGCGCUGAGAAUUUUCGGUCACUCGGUUCGCCGUCCGAUUUCUUUUCUACGCUCCUUAAUUGUAGAAUUACUGCCAGGGUGCAUCUCGAGCCGCUCCUCCGCCGAGAAAGAGGGAAGCUUGCGCGCACCUGAGACGUGCCCCGGCACAGCGACGCGUUUGUAAACAGCGACGAGGAGAUGCGGAUCCCGGUGUUCACAGUCUUGCUCAACGUUCUCAACAUCGCUCACGGGAGCAAGGUCUACGAGGCGAAUCCCGACACGAAGAGGCUGUACGACGACUUGUUGUCCAACUACAACAGGCUGAUACGUCCUGUCAUCAACAAUACGGAGACCCUGACCGUUUUGCUGAGUCUGAAGUUGUCGCAGCUGAUAGAAAUGAAUCUAAAGAACCAGGUGAUGACAACGAAUGUCUGGGUGGAGCAGAAAUGGUUCGACUACAAGCUGCAGUGGGAUCCGGCGGAGUACGGCGGUGUGGAGAUGUUAUACGUGCCUUCCGAAAAUAUAUGGCUCCCGGACAUCGUGCUGUACAACAACGCGGACGGGAAUUACGAAGUGACGCUGAUGACGAAAGCCACGCUCAAGUAUACCGGCGAGGUAUCCUGGAACCCGCCGGCCAUCUACAAGUCGUCCUGCGAGAUCAACGUGGAAUAUUUCCCGUUCGACGAGCAGUCGUGCAUCAUGAAAUUCGGCUCAUGGACGUACAACGGUUUUCAGGUAGACCUGAAGCAUAUGAAGCAAGUGGCUGGCAGCAACCUCGUGUCGAUCGGCAUAGAUCUCAGCGACUUUUACCUGUCGGUGGAAUGGGAUAUCCUGGAAGUACCGGCAGCACGCAACGAGGAGUAUUAUCCGUGUUGCGAAGAACCUUAUUCAGACAUUACGUUCAACAUCACGAUGAGGAGGAAGACUUUGUUUUAUACCGUCAACCUGAUCAUCCCAUGCGUCGGCAUCACAUUCAUGACGGUGUUGGUUUUUUACCUGCCCAGCGACUCCGGCGAGAAGGUGUCGCUCUGCUCCUCCAUUCUCCUGUCGCUGACGGUGUUCUUCCUACUCCUGGCCGAAAUCAUCCCGCCGACGUCGCUGGCCGUACCUCUUCUAGGGAAGUACCUGUUGUUCACCAUGAUUUUGGUCACCCUGUCCAUCUGGAUCACCGUCUGCGUCCUGAACGUGCAUUUCCGAUCACCCUCCACGCACAACAUGCCGCCGUGGGUGAGGCAAGUGUUUCUCAACUGGAUGCCGAGGGUGAUGCUGAUGCGUCGCACGCCAUAUUCCACGCCCGAGUACGACGACACUUACAUGGACAGCGGCUACACCAAUGAGAUAGAUUUCAGCGUGAGCGACUACCCGCUGGAAAUAAAAGGGAGCCCGAACAGAUUCGACACCGUCACGCCAGUGUACAAAAUCCGAGACGACGAAACACGACACAUACCGCACGCGUCAGUUACUGACAGCGAGAAUACGAUGCCAAAACACUUAUCCCCUGAUGUUAUAUCGGCUCUCAAGGGUGUACGUUUCAUCGCUCAACACAUCAAAGACGCGGACAAAGAUAAUGAGGUCAUCGAAGACUGGAAAUUCGUGUCUAUGAUUCUGGACAGAUUCUUUCUCUGGGUGUUCACGGUCGCGUGUUUCGGCGGCACGCUGGGCAUCAUUUGUCAGGCACCCAGCCUGUACGACAAGCGGGAACCCGUGGACCAACGACUCUCCGGUAUAUCACUGCGCAAUUACAUGUACCCGCCGAACGGAAGUUUCGAAGAAGAAUACUAAGGCACAGACAAAGUUGACCCGUAGACUGCGUAUGAGAGAGGAAGAGAGAUAGAGAGAGAAACGCAAACGGACACGUUAGAGCGUACGUGUCACCAUUAAAACUAACUACGUUUGGCACCUUCGCCCCGCUCGCCCCUGGGAAAAUUCCCAGAAAAUUCAGCCAUAUUUUUUAACGAAAUAAAGAUAGCCAAGCCCGAGAGAAGUGAUAAUUCUCGAGAAAAGGAGAAGAAUGUAUCGAAUUACUCGUCACAACGAAAAACAAGUACACCGACAUUGUCUCAUCGAAUAAACGCACUCGUUACAUUGAUAUAUAUAUCGUUCGGAACAAAAGUGAAGCAAAUUGAUCUGUCUGAGGUUUUCCUUUGAAAAACAAAACAUCACUGUUCCUAUUAAUUACGUACCGCGAACCCUUUCAUCGAUUACAUACUUCACUUUCGUUCUGAAUAGAAAUAGAUCUCCAUUAUUAUCAAAUAAUCCUACGUGUUCGUUCGAUCAAUGUAAUGAACCAUUGACAUCAUCAUCAUCUACGAGAACAGGCAAGAACUUUCCGGAGCGAAUACCAUCCGAUAAUCAUCACAUGUAUGCAUUUUCCACAUGAUACCUUCCAAAGCGAAAUGUUAGACAUUAUGUACGCGAAUUACAGAUUAGACUAUAGUUUAAGCGAUUUAUUAACCCUGAUCAAGAGUCAAGCGGACUUCCCACGCAAUGAACUUAGUUAAGACAACGGCACAGCGAGAGUAGAGAGACGUGCGUGUGAACAAGCAAAGCGUGAAUGUGGUGGCAUAUG